AAAUCUCCGCAUUCACACUAUGCGUAGCUUGUCAUUACGGUUAGCAAAACAGCUAUUCAAACCGGAUGGCUUGCUGCAGUUAAAUUCCUAAGAUGAUAUCAGUUACACGGGGAAAAGGUUGGAAACCGUGUUUAACGUCUUGGCAUGUAUAGAUACACAACGACCUCUCAGAGAAUCUGCUAGUUUUCGGUUCUUCCAGCUUUUCUGUAACUCGGUGCUGGAAAGAUGAACGGAUUGUCGGUCAGCGAGCUGUGCGGCCUUUUCUGUUGCCCUCCUUGCCCGAGUCGGAUUGCAGCAAAAUUGGCCUUCCUACCCCCAGAGCCCACUUACACUUUACUGCCUGAACUGGACUCACCCCCGACCAUAACCUCAAACCAGAGUGCCACAGGCCUGCGUUCUCGGCUAGGUCGGAGAGGAGGAGGAGGAGGAGGGAGUGACAGGGGUGGAGAGGGCAGGUGGAAGCUCCAUCUGUCAGAGCGAGCUGAGUUCCAGUACUCCCAAAGAGAGCUGGACAGGACAGAAGUCUUCCUGACACGCUCUAGUCGUGGGAACAAAGUGGGAUGCAUGUACAUCCGAUGUGCCCCCACAGCCAGGUACACAGUGCUGUUCUCGCAUGGUAAUGCUGUGGAUCUGGGGCAGAUGAGUAGCUUCUACAUCGGCCUGGGCACACGCAUUAACUGCAACAUCUUCUCCUACGACUACUCGGGUUAUGGAGCCAGUACGGGGAAGCCGUCUGAGAAGAACCUCUACGCUGAUAUCGACGCCGCCUGGCAUGCACUGCGCACCAGAUAUGGGAUCAGUCCCGAGAACAUCAUCCUUUAUGGUCAGAGUAUUGGCACGGUGCCCACGGUGGACCUGGCGUCGCGGUAUGAGUGUGCUGCAGUGGUUCUUCACUCCCCCCUCACCUCGGGAAUGAGGGUGGCCUUCCCCGACACCAAGAAGACCUACUGCUUUGAUGCUUUUCCAAACAUCGAGAAGGUGUCGAAGAUCACGUCUCCAGUGCUGAUCAUCCACGGCACCGAGGACGAGGUGAUCGAUUUCUCGCAUGGCCUUGCGCUGUUUGAGCGCUGCCCCAAGGCCGUGGAGCCGCUGUGGGUGGAGGGAGCCGGCCACAACGACAUCGAGCUCUACAGCCAGUACCUGGAGCGCCUGCGCCGCUUCAUCAGCCAGGAGCUGACCGCCCAGUAUGCCUGAAAAUCCAGCAAUUCAGUGCUCAGUCCAGGUGAAACGAACACUCCAGUGUCAAUUCGAGGGCCUGCUUCAACAUUUUCUACUCUGUAGAAUCUGGUAAAUGGUAACACGUAGACCUGGAUGGUUCAACAUCUUCGAAGCAGGACCUUGUGGGUCCAGUAUAGCAGGGCAAAAAUCACCACAAACUGUAUUAUCAUUAUUUCUUCAUAUUAUUGUAUUAUUAUUAUUAUUAUUAUAUUAUUAUUUCCUUUGCUCAAGGCAUCUACAAGGAGACUGCCAUAAGUGCAAUUUCUUAGAUUAGUUCUUGUUUCGUUCAAUAUUUUGGGCUGGAGGAUUCAAUUUUCUGCUCCUUCCUGUAUGUAUGUGCUCUCUGCUGGACAGAUUGGGUGUUUUGUCUGACCUUGUGGAGACCAUUAUAUGGGUCAAGUGUGUAUGUACUGAUUUAUUACUGACUCUUUAAAAUGCUAUUUGAUCUCAAGCACCUCUUGGCCCUUUUAUUUCUUUCUUCUUAAUGCAUUUGGAUUGCCAGCCAGCAGUAUCUUGUGUGUGCGCGCGUGUUUAACAGGACACGAUCUGAGCGAUACGUUUUGGCAGCCAGCAAUAUAACUUGGGUUACUGUGAAAUACACAAUAAGCAACCUUGAUACAAAAAAAAAAAAACUUUAAUAGUUCCAUCCCCCUACCCCUUUUGGAACAACCGAUCUGAAAAGACUGACUUCCAUUUUCCUUCAGCGCAAUUAAACUUCACAAGAAUGUAGCUUUCAUCUUCCUCCGCAACGACACUUAGAUUAAGAGUAACUAGCGCUUUUCUGUCUUUCCAUCCAAGCUUCUUUGUCAGUGCGCUUUCCUCUGACUCUCAUUCAUGCUUUAAAUCUUGUAUAUAUUUCCCCCGAAACGCUCUCACUGUGACACCCAGAUAGCAGUUCCACAAAGUACCAAACACUACACACACUAAUUAUGCAUCAUGCAUCGUCUCAGCGCCUGACCUUCUCCGGUGAAAUCAAGAACUCCACGUUUUCUCUUCCGAUUUCUCUCUGACGCCGUUUCGCGCUCUUCCUCUUUCUCAUAGUGUCUGUAAAGCUUAAAGAUGAUGGUGAGAGUUUUUGAAUAUAAACGCAUUAAACAGAAACAACAGUGCUAAUUUGUAACAUAUCCUUCCUCUUUUAGGUAUUUCUUAUUCCGGACAGGUUUUUUUUAAGUACUCUAUUUAUGACAUUAACAUUUCUCGCAGUUUAGCUAUACUUAAUGCAUUUUAAGAACAUUACGAAGCACUUGCAAAUCUAUUUUUCUAAGUUUUUGCUCUAGUGCUCUAGUUUUGUCUAAAUCAGAGCCAUUCUUAAGGGACUAGAUAAUAGUUUUAUUGUUAUUUGGUUGGAGAGAUAAGUCAGCCCCAUGCCUGAGAUAAUUCUAUUUGCUCUUAAAGGUUAAGCGGCUUUUUUUUUUUUUUUUUUUUUGGAACACGAUUACCUAAAUGGUGAGAUUUACAAUAGCGAUUUAUUUUUCCCCCCACAAAAAAAAAAAGAAAUUCUUGGCCAGAAUUGGUCUUGAUCAAAAUUCUCCAUAUUAAAAGCAAAAGCUGCAGUACUCCACCCUCUACCUUCCAAAUGGCAAUAAACUUUAUGAUGCAGAUGUUUGGACAAAAUGUUUGAGACCCUCCGAUUUAAACUGAUUAAUGUAUUAUCCUUUUAUCCAGCUGCAACCAUGUAUAAAUGUGUAGUCAUGUUUCCAUUGGUGAAAGAAGCAUUUCUUUUCUUUUCUUUGUUUUUUUCUUGGUGUAUCCUUUUCUUAGCUGAAGAAUGUAUGUGCUGUAAUGUAACUGAUUAAUAAAAGUGAUGAUGAGUAUGAAGCGUUA